CCAAAUUUUAUUUGUUUAUUUUUCGGUACCAACCAGUCCUAUUUGCAUGAUAUGAACUGUUCUUGUAGCUUUAUGUUUGCUUCUAAUUCAUGGGUAUUUGGUUUCUUUUUGGUUUUUGGGUGCUGGGGUUGGUAUGAUUUUAGCUCUGUUUUUUCUUAAUCUGCUUCAAUUUUUUGCUGUUUGUUAGUGCUAUGUGGUAGAACUUUGUCUGAAAUUGCUUGCUUUCAAGGGUAGGGCUUUUUAUGCUUCUUUUUUUGUUUGCAAAUUAAUUUCUAAUUCAAGGCAGUAAUUUAUGGAUGCCGAAAUAAGGGCAGUAGCUUUUAAGGGAUGGGCUCUUGACUUGGCGUGUGCUGAUUAUUGUUGUAAAUUUUUGGUCUCUUGUUAGUGUAAAGUGUUUACUGAAUUUGGUGAUUGUCCAAAAAGUGUCGGUGAAAAAUAUAGGAAAGCUUCUUUUGGUGAAGUAUUCUGGAGAAAUACUUUACGCGAACACAUAUAUGCCAGUAUUUUUAUUUGUUAGUGUUGUUAUUAUUAUUUCAGCAAAGUUGUAUUCCCUGGUAAAAAUGCUUAAUUUGUGCUCUAAGAUAUAAGAACUGCUUUAUCUGUAUGGAACCCUAGCUGGAUUGUGUUAAAGGUUACAUCGUUUAGAUCAAGUACUUUUUGUUGGCAGUUUGUGUGAAUCUCUGUUAAUAUGUUGAAAAAUUCAUCCUCUUAGAAGUAAGUUGGAGCUAGUUCUGUAUAAAAGAAAUGUAAUUCUAUAAGUUCAGUAAUUGGAAGGUCUUGGGAAAUAAAUAGUGGCCAAAUAUUAUUUGUUCUAGAUAGAUGUUGGUGGUUUCCUUCACAUUUACAAGUAUGGUAGACUUACUAGAGGUGAGCUUGAACUUAGGAUCUUUUUAUUUUUUUCAGGUAAUGAGGGAACCCCCAUGAACUAUUCCCUUGUUGGGUACAAAGUCUUAGGGCAAUCACCCAUAAACCGCAUAUCCAUGAACUAUAAGUUUUCUUCAGUUUGGCACCCUUGUGAUUCCCAAACCCAGAUUUUCUUAAAAUCUGCAAUCCUGAUGAUUCCAUUUCUAUUAAUAGGUGCUUGCUCUGAACGUUUCCAAAAUAAAUUUUUAACCAUAUCCCGGUUCGACGGGUUUCGUUUUGUUAUUUUUUGGGUAGAUUUGAUUCAACUAGGUUAUGACUGAUUAGUCAAUCUGUUAAUUGUCCGCCAUUAAUGAAUAUAACUGAUAUGGUAAUCGAAUCAUGUAGUGUCAUCUGAUAUGGAAUUUCUUUGUAGCCUCACUUUGUAGAAAUCUAUGGAUUCAAAACCUACAACCCAGUUAUGGCUGUUACACUGUCACACAAAAGUUAUUAAACAACUUUUAGGCUUAGGGGAAUUCCAAGUGUUGUAUGAUUGCUAGCUGCCUGGUCAGAUAGAAUUAUGAUGAGAAAUCCCAUUAAAUUAGUGCACUAAUUUUGGUUUUUCAACUGUAUGCUACACGAACUUCAAAACAUGUUGUCUUACCCUGCUUUUGCCAAUUAAAUCCUAAUAAAUGGCUGUCCUUGACCUCUGAUGGUUGCCCUAGGUAACGACAACCGGCUGAGAGCCCGAGCUAGCAGCUUUAGCUUAAUCUAAUCUCUGCCUUGGGUUAUAAUCGCCUCCUUUGAAGUCCUUUGUAGUAGACAUUUGUUGGGUACAAUCUAAAAGAAUUUUGGGUUUGAUGCUGGAACAAUAACAUUAUUUGUUUCUUCCGAAGUUUGUGUAUCAGUGUUCAGUGAAGCACCGAUACUUGAUGAUUUCGGCCCAAAAGGAUUUGGUCAUGUCCCUUUUAUGUGUCUCAGAACUUGAUUUAGAAUUAGAUAGUUGACAUAAGUGUGGGAGAAUAGCACUAUACCUAGUUUAUAACAGUCUUUUGCUUACUUGUGUGUGAUUUUAAUCGAUUGUAGAUAGAUGAGAUGAUUCACCUCAGUAUAACUAAAAAUUCUUAAGAAGAUAGUCUUUUCUAGUCAUUAUGUUAUUGACGCUAUUUCAGAAGUAACCUGAGUUCACCACACGGAGAGGGUAUUGCUUAGAUGUGAACCUUGCAGACCUCGUUGGUUUCAUUCAGUAGGAUAGCUGUAUUCAACUUUCUGUUGUACCAUAAAUCUGGAUGACAACUCGUUAAGAAUAAAUAAUAAGAUUGAAUCCAGCAACGUAAGUCUUUUCCUUCAGCCUUAUGUUAUCUUGUUUGAAAGUAAAACAUGAGGAAUUGAAAACUUCAUUCCUCAAAAUCAAUGUAUGUUCUACGUGCAUGCACCUAGUAUGCUCUUGUAUUUCUCGUAUUGAUUAGGUUCCAUGCCUUAUGAUGAAAGGGGAGUCAGCGAGCUUGUUGUAGUCGGUCCUAAAAGGAGAACCCUGUUUCUGCACGACAAAAUUUCCUCUUGUUAAAUUGGGAUUAAUUUUUUGAAAAAGCAUUUAGUGUCAUCAAGUAAUCAAUUUUUACAUGUUUAGCAGUUUAGAGUCAAGGUCUGCGAGUUGUGAUUUCUAGUGAACUCUGUCUCCCUAAGGACAAGAAACUAGGUAAAUUGGCAUGCUCUUUGCUAAACUGUGAAUGAAAAUAGGGCCAGAAUGUGAUCUACAUCAGGAUAAUCUGGUUUUUUUAUGGUUAACCGUAGAUUUUCAUAAAUAUUUGAGAUCUAUAAGAGACGAACCUCUGCUACUUUCUAACCAUUGGGCAAAGAGUAUUUCUGGUUGAAAUAUUUUCUUGCCUAUAUCAUAUAGUGCUUAUACCUAAGAUUGACCAUUUAAACAGGAACUUGGUUCUCUAACACCUUUUAUGUUAUUCAUAAAAUUAGAAAAUUGUGUUAAGUUGAAUUUGAAAUCCUUUAUGCUUUGAUUUGCUGAUAUUUCCUAUUUUUUCCAUUCCUUCAUGUGUAUGUGUUUACUUUAUACAAAGAUGCAUGUGUUUGUUAAAAUAAGAAGAGGUGAAAAUUGAUGCAUUUUAUUUUGCGCUAUAUAAAGUGUUCAGCUAUAUAGGAAACCAAUGUUUGCACUGACAACAUGUGUGUAAUUUUGGGGGAAGACAAAAAGGGUCAUUGUCCUAGCAAUACAGUUCAGAUCAUAUAAUUUAAAUUUAAAUAGUGCACGCUUUAUCUUCAUUCUUCUAGUUCGUAUAAUCCCAGAAAUCUCCCCUUGGCUAUAUUCUUGUCUCUCUUGAAAGUAUCAAAAUAAAUUUGCAAACUUAUGAAAUCAGACCUAAAUGGUCUUAAAAUAUAGAGAAGCAAUAUCCACAAGUUCUUCUCCCCCUUUUCUCUCCUCUCUCUCUUGCAUGUGCAUGCGUUCUGUAUAUAUGCAUUUCUAUGUUAAAAAAACAAAAGACAGCCCACUGCAUGAGGCUCCUGUAAUGUCGGGUUUGACUUUGAGGAGAGCAAGAUGUAUGCAGCCAUACCCCUGUUUUUGUAGUGGCUGUUUCCGGAACUCGAACCCACGACAUCCGGUUUCUUGGGCAAGCCAUUCUGUUUACUCCAAUUUUUUCCCCAAGAAGGGAGGUACACCAAGGAAAAAUGAGAUCGUAUUCAUUUCUCCAACAGGGGAGGAGAUUAAUAAUAGAAAACAAUUGGAGCAGUACUUAAAAUCACACCCUGGUAACCCUGCAAUAUCAGAGUUUGAUUGGAGCACUGGUGAAACCCCUAGGAGAUCAGCAAGGAUCAGUGAAAAGGUCAAGGUGGCUCCAGCACCAGAGAGUGAGCCUCCCAAAAAAAGAGGCCGAAAAUCAUCAGGUUCAAAGGACAACAAAAUGGAAGCUGCUGGUGGAGAAGUUGAUGGUACGAAUGAAAUUCAAAUGAAAGAUGCAGAGGUAGCUGAGAAGAGAGAUGCAGAAGCUGAGAAAGAGAAAGAUGCGGAAGCAGAGAAAGAAAAAGAUGCAGACGUUGAGAAUGAUGAUAAGAAAACUCAAGGCGAGGAGGAAAAUGAAGAGAAAAAUGUUGUAACAGAGGAUAAAGCUGCUACUGAGAUAACUGAAAACAACAAAGAAGAGGUGCCACAAGCAGGGGAAGAUCAAGCGAAUGGAACUUGCGGCAAAAAACAGGAUGAAACAGCUGCUGUGACUGUGGAAGAAAAUGGGGCUGCGGAGAAAGAGAAUGUGGAUGCAGCAGCACCUCAUACGGAGGGAGAGAUCAAAGGGAAUAACGAUGCAGCAGAGAACGGUGGAAAAUGCAAUGCUGAAGCUGACGAGAAAAUCAAGACCAAGGAUGGGGAGGUUGUUGAAAAUGGCAAGGCUGAGCAAGUGGUGCAAGCUGAUGCCCCACAAAAUCUACAGACCCCUCCAUUGAGCCGCUGAACGUAUCUACCACCUUUCUAGUGAGCUGUUGAAUGUGCUGUACUACCAUUUAUCACACUUAGGAUUCUGUGACAUCCAUUUAACCCUUUAUUUUGCGCCUUCCCUUGUUACAGUAACUCUGGGAGUUGAGGAUGAUAUAAUGUUAAUGUUGUUAAUGUUAGAAUGUAAUUGUAUGUAGGGAACAGACCGGUCCGGUAGAAGAUUAGGUCUUGUAGUUUCUGCAGCAAUAGUUAUGCAGUAGCUUAGAUUGUAGAAUGUAAGACAUCCUUACUGGGCCCACUGCUUUUUAUUUGUUGUAGAUGGUCAUCAAGUGCACUUCGUUUGUUACCUUGUUACUUUGUUAAUGUGGCUAAAGUUUUAAAUGUCCUGGGCGGCUUGUGUUUCUCAAAA